AUGAGGUUGAUCAACACCACAACGCUGGAGCUGAAGACGGCCUAUGGCUAUGGCACUCCGUUGUAUGCCAUUCUAUCGCACACAUGGGGUGACGACGAGUUUCUCUUUGAACAUUUGCAGGCCGGGAUCACGCAGCAUCAAAAGGACACCCCGAGCCGGGGUCUCAGCAAAAUCCUCGAAACGUGUCAGCGGGCAAAGAAUGAUGGAUUAGAAUACGCCUGGGUCGAUACAUGCUGUAUCGACAAAUCCAGCAGCGCCGAGCUGUCGGAAGCGAUCAACUCCAUGUUCAGGUGGUACGAGGACUCUGCAGCAUGCUACAUCUACUUGGAGGAUGUUUCCAACAGAGGCCGCCAGGGUGGUGUCGUAAACAUAUCGCACAGUAGAUGGUUUCGUCGUGGGUGGACGCUACAGGAGUUAAUCGCACCAUAUGGCGCAACCUUUUUCGACAAAGACUGGAAUGAGAUAGGGACUCGAACUGAGAUUUCUGAGCAUAUUGUGGCAAUCACUGGCAUCGACAACGCCAUUCUAGAGCGCCAGCACGCUCCGGUAGACAACAUUGAUGUCCGAUCGCCAGUUGGAAGGACGGGUACGAUGUAUCGUUGCGGUUAUUGCAACGAUCCCAAGACGCUACUGUCGAUGAUGCAGCAACACAGUGUAGGCGCGAGGAUGCACUGGGCCGCGCGCAGAGCCACCACCCGGCAAGAGGACACGGCUUACUGCCUUUUAGGUCUGUUCGGCAUCAACAUGCCCCUCCUCUAUGGAGAGGGGGACAAAGCUUUUGCACGUCUCCAAGGAGAGAUUGUGAGACGCUACCCCGCGGACCAGUCCAUCCUCGCGUGGCUUGGGUACGAUGUUUCGCACUGGGCAGAACUUUCAUUGGAGUUUGCGCUCGAAGACGCGGUUUCUCAACGUAUCGUUCUCACAGACUGCGACCCCUUUGAUGUGUUGCUUAGAAACCGAAACGGUUGGACAACUCCGCCUUCAUCGGUGGCUCACAUCGAAAUAUUACCGGCCUUCCCAACUUUCAUAUCAUCACCACAACUGAUAGAAACCCCCACCGGGAACAUCACCUUCGGUCCCUCGCUUGCAGUAGAGCCUUUACCAAUGAAAAUUCAAUCCAUCUUUGAAUAUCGCUUUGUUGAAAUUGAGGGGAUCAUUUACCUCUCUCGUGUUGGAUCAAAUGGUUUCUUGAUUAUUUAUGCUGGCAAGAGUUCCAAGAAUGGUGUUCAGAUCAACAACGUGUUGACUAUUGGAUGA